CUCACUGAUAUUGGGCCAGCCCGGGGCAGGCCGGCCAGAUAGUAUUGCAGCGUCUGGACUGGCAGCUGGGAAUCUUGGCGCACCGGGGGGAAGGGAGCGAGGCAUCCAGGACUACUACCAUGCCUGGCCAAGACCACCACCAGCUCUCAGAGGGGGAGCAUCCGGCUGUGACACUGUUUCGCCAAUACCUCCAAAUCCGGACCGUGCCGCCAGAGCCCAAUUAUGAUGAAGCUGUGCUUUUUCUGGAGAAGAUAGGCAAGGACUUGGGCCUUGAGUGUCAGAAGGUGGAGGUGGCCCCAGGCCGAAUAGUGACUAUAUUGACCUGGCAAGGCACAGAUCCCAGGCUUCGAUCCCUUGUGCUUAACUCCCACACUGAUGUGGUGCCUGUCUUCAAGGAACACUGGAAUCACGAUCCCUUUGAAGCCUUCAAGGACAGCCAAGGGAACAUUUAUGCUCGGGGUACCCAGGACAUGAAAUGUGUUAGCAUUCAGUACCUGGAGGCUGUUCGGAGGCUAAAGGCAGAAGGGAAAUGUUUUCCCAGGACCAUUCACCUGACAUUUGUCCCUGAAGAGGAAACUGGAGGACAUGAGGGCAUGGAGCUGUUCGUGAAACGGCCAGAGUUUCAGGCUCUAAGAGCUGGCUUUGCCCUAGAUGAGGGCUUGGCUAGUCCUACAGAAACCUUCAACGUCUUCUAUGGUGAACGGAGCCCUUGGUGGCUCAAUGUUACAAGCUCUGGGAACCCAGGCCAUGGCUCACAUUUCAUUGAGAAUACAGCAGCAGAGAAGCUGUGCAAGGUGAUCAACUCAAUCCUGGAGUUCCGAGAGCAAGAGAAGCAUCGGCUUCAGUCAGACCCCAACCUGACCCCGGGGGUUGUGACCUCUGUGAACCUGACCAUAUUGGAGGGAGGAGUUGCCUUCAAUGUAGUACCGGCCACCAUGAAAGCCAGCUUCGACUUUCGAGUUGCUCCAGAUGUGGACCCCAAGGCCUUUGAGGAACGGAUUCAGGGCUGGUGCCAGGAGGCCGGGGAAGGUGUCACCUACCAGUUUCACCAGAAAUGGACAGAGCCCCGAAUUACAGCCAUUGAUGACUCUAACCCAUGGUGGGUUGAGUUCAGCAGAGUCUGUAGAGAGAUGAAUCUCAGCUUGAAGCCUGAAAUCUUCCCAGCUGCCACUGACAGCCGCUACCUACGGGCCGCAGGGGUCCCAGCGCUGGGCUUCUCUCCGAUGAACCGAACUCCAGUCUUGCUGCAUGACCACAAUGAGUUCCUGAAUGAAGCCGUGUUCCUUCGGGGCAUUGAUAUCUAUGCCCGACUGCUGCCCGCCCUGGCCAGUAUACCAGCCCUGCACAAUGAGUGCUAAUGGCCGCACCUAACAGUAGCUUCUGGCUUCUCCUAGUGCCUUCCCCUCCCCAACCUGCUUAGGCCUGGGACUUCCCUCUUAGGAACGUAAUGCCAAAGACCCUGACCUCCAAUAAAACCUUGUUUUGGUGCUGAGCUGCACUGUGUCCCCCCUCCACCAAUAGACAUACACUCCUACUCUCCUUCACUCACUGAGCAUCUUCUGCACAGCCCUUGCUAGGGACUGCGGGAGGAGGAAAGGGGUGGCAAGGGGAGGGGCACAAAGCUGAGGAAGACCAGUGAUAGAAGUGUUGCGGGACCUGGAGUCUGGAAGACCUGGGUUCAAAUCCUGCUACGGGCACUAGCUGUGUUCAUGGGCAAAUCACUUAAUGUCUGGGCUUCAUUUUCCUCAUCUGUAAAAAGUAUUUGUUGUGCCCCUUUUUUUUUUGUAGUAGUGAAGGACUGAAAUGAAAAUGGACGCCCAUUGAUGAGAAAAUAAUCGAACACAUUCUAGUUCAUUGUACAGGGUGUCCCUAAAGUCUGGACACAUAGGCAAAAAUGCAUAUUUCCAAGAAAUGAAAUGAAUGAAAUUUUCAACAUUUUAUUUAAUUGGAAUAUUAACAAAUAACAUCUUCGAUACGAUUUCCAUCAUUUGUGAUGCAAAGGUUGAUGUGCUUUGCAAGAUUCACGUGAACUUGAUGCAGUAACUCCACAUUGUCGUCAGCUUUAGCACAUUCACUCUUUAUGAGUUCCAUCAAGUGUGUUGCAUCUGUGAUUUUCGUUGAGUACACCUUCUCCUUUAGCAUACCUCAGAAAAAGAAGUCAAGGGGGCUAAGAUCUGUUAAUAUUCCAAAUAUUUCAAAAUAUGCAUUUUUUGCCUGUGUCCAGACUUUAGGGACACCCUGUAGCUGGACUGCAGUGGUUUGUCCUGUCCUCCUCUAGCUCAUUUUCCAGAUGAGGAAACCGAGGCAAGCAGGGUUAAGUGACUUGCCCAGGGACACGCAGCUAGUAAGUGUCUGAGCCCGGAUUUGAACUAGGGUCUUCCAGGCCCAGCGAUCUAUCCAUUGUACCACCAGCUGCCUCUGGCGUGUUACAUAAAUGAUUUACACCAGUAUAGGAUAAGUUGUGGGAGCGGGGAGAGAAGAGGUGGUGACAAUUUAGAGAGCAUUUAUUAAAUCAGAAUGGAGCUGAGAUACAAAAUGUGAAUAAAACAGCAUGUUCCCUCAUGAAGCUCUUAGCCUGUUGGCAAAAGUGGAAACACCCUCCGAGAAGACAGGCACUGUUUUUGGUCUAGGCAUUCUGGAAAAUAUUUUGGAAUUGUACUAGAAAAGCUGCUAAAUAGCUUGGCUGCUUCCAUGAUACCGCAACCAGUCAUGUGCACCAAGGAGGUUAAUGGCCGCAGGAGGGGGCCCAGAAAGACAAGCAUUUGCAGGGGCACUUUUUUGUAGUAGCAAAGGGCUGAAAUGAAAGUAGUUGCCCAUUGAUUGGAAGAAUGAACACAUUCGGGUCCACUGCAGUUGGACCAACAUUAUGCCAUAAGAAAUAAUGAAUGUGAGAUUCAGAGACUCUUCACAAAUAAAAGUCAUGUGAAAACAAGAGAUGCCAAUAAAAUAUUUUUUAAAAGCA